AUGAAACUCCCAUACAUCCUUCCUGCAUUGUUAACCACCGCUUCCUCUUUCCCAAGUCUCUCCGGCUGGUCCCUCACAUUUGGCAACCAGAUCUUCCACGACAACGACAGCUCUGUCUGCUUCUACGCUUUCAUCGCCAAUUCCACCGUCGUCCAUCUGAACGGCAUCACGAACAUCUUCGUCGUCGAGUUCUCGCGGGACGGUCUGUGUCGGGAUAUUGCGUACUCGUGGAAUGCGGAUGGCGUGGUACCGGCGGUUCAGGAUACGCAUAGCUUUCGGGUUUUGAAGUUGUGGAUGAUCCAGGGGAGGGUUGAUCAAGGGCCUAGUUAG